CGCAGUCUCCUUUUCUUUGUACCCCGGGUCUGAGGGUCGCUACUGACUCUACAUCCCGUCUCCUGCCCCACCACCCGCACCAAAUUCAGACGUCUCCGUAAGCGGCGAAGGCCUUUUAAGCCUUUUGGUUUAAAAGUCCGCACUGAAGCCGGUUCCUGCAUUUGGAACACUGAAACGCUGCGUUUCGCACCUUUUUCCAGCUUAAAACCGUUUACUGACCUCAGUGAUCCCUCUACCCUUUCUGUACCACAUACAAUUCUAUUAGGCGAGGUGGUUUAUUCGCUCCACGUUCUUCAGCCUCUCCUUCUUGGGCCCUGGAGGCCUCGCCGGAAGCCCCUCUCCCGGAGAGGCCGCGUUCUCUCCGCAGUCUUGGGAUUCUGGAGAGCCCGCCCCGCUCCUGAGACCCCCUCCCUCCCAGCCCUCUGUCCUCACGUCUCCUCAGGCCGGUCCUUCUGCCCUUCAAAGUGACCUUUCCCCUGAUCCCUGGUUGGGGGAGGUGACCUGAGCCAGCCACGUGACACCCAUGGUUCUUCGGCCCCAAAUACCACCCGCUGGAAUUUGGCUCUUGUGGGAGGGCCUUUCUUAUUCAGUCUCCUACUCUGUAAAUAGUGGACGGAAGGCGGGAUCAGGAGAAGCACAGACAGCGACUCCUAGAGAAAUGGAAAAUUGAGAAAAGCAUGGACAAGCCAUGGCAGUGAAAAGGGUUGUGAGAAACUUGGAAGAGACACCUUCAUGAAAGAGAAUGAGCCUUGAAGGGAGCGGGUGAGGAAAGGAGAGAACUUCAGAGAAAAGCAUGGUCUCUGGAGAGUUAAGGUUAUGGAACCAGAUGCCAGCAUGUUUUCCACUUUCAUGAUAGACCUCUGAAGACUUGUGUUGCCUGAGGAAGCCCAGAAGAGAAGGAAGAUGAAAGAACAGGAGUCAGGCAUGGCUCUUUCUCAGGCGCAGUUGACCUUCAAGGAUGUGUUCAUAGAUUUCACUCCCGAGGAGUGGGACUGUCUGGACCCUGCCCAGAGGACCUUGUACCAGGACGUGAUGGUGGAGACCCUCAGGAACCUGCUGUCUGUGGAUGUGUCUCAAAUACGUAUGAUCAAGAAAUUACAGGCAAAAGGAAACAGUGGUAAAGAAGAAAGUUUUCAAAGAGUGAUGUUUGGAACAGCUGAAAGCCAUGAAAUCGAAGAUUUUUUCCUCAGGAAGGUACAAGAAAAUAUGCAUGAUUUUGAGUGUCUGUGGACAGAUGAUGAAAGAAAUGACAGAGGAGCGUCUACAUCCCAUAACAACAAUCUCACGGAUAGAAGAGAUCAUGAUAGUAGAAGUGAUGCAGGAAAUAAGCCUGUUGAAAGGCAUGGAUCAAGCUUUCAGGAUCAGUUGCAGAUACUUGAAUCUGAAGGGACAGUUUCUGAAUGUAGUCAGGUUGUGGUGAAUAUCAACAGUAGCGCCUCAGGUUUACCACCUCAGAGAACUUGUAGUGUCCGUAAAGGCAAUUCUCAUAAACAUGAGAGUGGUGUUAUACAUCCCUCAGAACUGGCACCAGACCAGGAAGCACACAAGAAAAACACUUACAGUUGUAAUGAGUGUAACAUAACUUUUCUUCAGGACUCAGAACUCACUAGACAUCAAAGAAUCCAUACAGGAAGAAAAGCAUAUAAAUGUAACAUAUGUUGUCAGGCUUUUAAUGAUAAAUCGACCCUUAUAGUUCAUCAGAGAAAUCAUACUGGAGAGAAACCAUAUAAAUGUGAUGUAUGUGGCCACUGCUUUAAACAGCAUACACACCUUCAGUAUCAUCGGCGAGUUCAUACUGGAGAAAAACCAUAUAAAUGUGAUGUGUGUGGAAAGGCCUUUAGUCGAAAAGCAAGGCGUACAGUUCAUCAGACCCUUCAUACUGGAGAGAAACCAUACACAUGUGAAGUAUGUGGCCAUGGCUAUACUCGAAGCACAUAUCUUGCAAUUCAUCAGAGGGUUCAUACUGGAGAGAAACCAUAUAAAUGUGAUGUGUGUGGAAAGGCCUUUUUUGUAAGUGGAAGCCUUACAUCUCAUCGGAAAGUUCAUACCAGAGAGAAACCAUAUAAGUGUGACGUAUGUGGCAAGGCCUUUAGUGUAAAUAGAAGACUUAAAUCUCAUCGGAAUAUUCAUACUGGAGAGAAACCAUAUAAAUGUGAUGUAUGUGGUAAGGCCUUUUGUGUAAAUGGAAGCCUUACAUCUCAUCGGAAAGUUCAUACCAGAGAGAAACCAUACAAAUGUGAUGUGUGUGGUAAGGCCUUUAGUGUAAAUGGAAGCCUUACAUCUCAUCGGAAAGUUCAUACUGGAGAGAAACCAUAUAAAUGUGAUGUAUGUGGUAAGGCCUUUAGUGUAAAUGGAAAACUUAAAUCUCAUCGGAAUAUUCAUACUGGAGAGAAACCAUACAAAUGUGAUGUAUGUGGUAAGGCCUUUCGUGUAAUUGGAGGCCUUACAUCUCAUCGGAAAAUUCAUACCGGAGAGAAACCAUAUAAAUGUGAUGUAUGUGGUAAGGCCUUUAGUGUAAAUGGAAAACUUAAAUCUCAUCGGAAUAUUCAUACUGGAGAGAAACCAUACAAAUGUGAUGUAUGUGGUAAGGCCUUUCGUGUAAAUGGAGGCCUUACAUCUCAUCAGAAAAUUCAUACUGGAGAGAAACCAUAUAAAUGUGAUGUAUGUGGUAAGGCUUUUAGUGUAAAUGGAAGACUUAAAUCUCAUCGGAAUAUUCAUACUGGAGAGAAACCAUAUAAAUGUGAUGUAUGUGGCAAGGCCUUUCGUGUAAAUGGAGGCCUUACAUCUCAUCGGAUAAUUCAUACUGGAGAGAAACCAUAUAAAUGUGAUGUAUGUGGCAAGGCCUUUAGUUUCAGUGCAAGCCUUGCAGUUCAUCAGAGAAUUCAUACUGGAGAGAAACCAUAUAAGUGUGCUGUGUGUGGAAAGGCCUUUAGACAAACUGCAUCCUUUGCAGUUCAUCGAAGAAUUCAUUCUGGAGAGAAACUGAGAGGGUAACAUGCAGGAAGGACAGGGGUCUCCAAACAGAGGAAAUAGGCUGCAAGUGUCUUAAAAUUCUGUGUUGCUAUGAUGACACCUGGUUCCACCUGAACUUAACUUUUCUCUAACCUCGAGCUAAAGCUCGAGCAUUUUUCUUAUGGAAAUGUUUUUCUUAAGCUAUGUUAAUGAAACUAUGUAAUUGCUUUGGAAUUGGCCUUUCUUCAGAAUGAUUCUUCCUAAGACUAUCAUCAGAUUUGACUAUCAUCAAACCAUGGGCUGAUGAUAGCUCAACAAAACAGUAUUCAUAUCGGUUGUGUUAUGGCUGGAGGAUGACACAUCUCUUGCCAUCCUAUCUCAAAAAUGCAUAUUGUGGGAGAGGGGCCUGCUGAAACUCCCUCAGCCUUGAGGUGUCUCUCUUAUCUGAUGAAUAACUUUCUAACCGACAUAAAACAGCUUGCUAAAACUAGCAGGGGGGCACUCUCCAUCCCCCUUCUGAUGUCUAUGUCAGAAGUUUUCUCUAUCUCUUUUUCACUUUAAUAAAACUCUGCUACACAAAAGCUCUUGAUUGAUCAAC